AUGGCUUUCACGAUGAAGGCGGCGGCGGCGGCGGCGUCGCCGGCUUCUUCGUCGUCCCCGGCGGCGCCUACGACGCGCCUCCUCCCGGGGAGGGUUGCAGUCAGGAGGCUCGCCGCGGCGGCGUCGCUUGCGCUGGAGGCGCCCGCGCCGGCGCCCAACGCCGAGCGCGGCAUGUCGCUGUCGGUGUCGCAGACCAUGUCGAGGCUCAGGGAGAAGGGCAAGACGGCGUUCAUCCCGUACAUCACCGCCGGCGACCCGGACAUGGAGACGACGGCGGAGGCGCUGCGGCUGCUCGACGCCUGCGGCACCGACGUCAUCGAGCUCGGCGUGCCAUUCUCCGACCCCUACACCGACGGCCCCGUCAUCCAGGCCUCCGCCGCGCGGGCGCUCGCCGCCGGCGCCACGCUGGACGGGGUCAUGUCGAUGCUCAAGGAGGUGACGCCGGAGCUCUCCUGCCCCGUCGUGCUCUUCUCCUACUUCGGCCCCAUCGUCCGGCGAGGUCUGGCCAACUUCACCGCCGCAGCCAAAGAAGCUGGUGUCCAAGGUCUUAUAGUACCCGAUCUUCCUUACGUAGAGACAAGCACUUUCAGGAGUGAAGCCAUCAAGAACAACCUGGAACUGGUGCUGCUUACUACACCAGCUACACCGGCAGACAGGAUGAAGGAAAUCACAGCGGCUUCAGGAGGAUUUGUUUACCUGGUCAGUGUCAAUGGAGUUACAGGAUCUCGCCAGAACGUAAACCCACAUGUUGAGCAUCUCCUUCAGGAGAUUAAGCAGGUCACUGACAAAGCUGUGUGUGUUGGCUUUGGUAUAUCAACCCCUGAACAUGUUAGACAGAUAGCAGAGUGGGGUGCAGAUGGAGUGAUCAUUGGCAGUGCAAUGGUGAGGCAGCUGGGUGAAGCAGCUUCUCCCAAACAAGGGCUGAAAAGGCUGGAGAAGUAUGCUAGGAGCCUGAAGGAGGCAUUGCCAUAGAAAGUUAUAAAAUCAACUGCUGAAUAAUUGCAUGAGAGGUUGAUCUCUUGGUUACCACUACAUGUAUAUAAGGGAAGCUGAAGCUGCCUUUCUUCUAUAUUCAUGGAAACUGUACCAUAAUUUAGCACUAGAAGGUGUUAUAAAUCAUAAUAAUGUAUAGGCAAUUAAGCAUCCUGAGGGACUGUAAAAUACCUCAUCAAUGUAGAGGUUUUAUGUUAUUCUUCCAUUGUUGGAUGAAGAAAAUAAUUGCUG